UCGUGCCCGCGCUCCGCCGGUCGCGCGCCUCCUCUCCUCCGUCUGUGAGCGCGCGGGAGCGAGCGUCAGAUCAAGGACGGACCGCGGGCUCGCGAGCUUCAGGUCAUCAGUCCGCGAGCGACAAACGACAGACACACGUUAAAAAUCAGAGUUGAUGAGAGAAGAAGAAGAAGGAGAACACACUUCCGGUCAGAGGGAUCCGUGAGGUCACCAGGAGCGCGAGGAGGUGAUGAAGAUGAAGAUGGUGAAGAGCUGAGAAUCAACAGGACGACGAGCAACAAUGUCAGCGGGCACGUUCAUCUAGACUGACACCGGAGACCGGACCGGACCGGACCGGCCAGGCGCAGGUUCAUCUUUUCAACAACCACCUUUAACCCGACGGACCCGAGCCAGCAACCGAACCCGACGGACCCGAGCGGAACACCCGGCUGAUGGUGGGAACACUGCGAGGGAUCAUCGUGAUUUAAAUAAAUCACAGACGGUGAAAUCAACAGGAGACCGUCCAGAACCGGACGACGCAGUCUGGGACGGGAUCCUGACCUGCAGGAGGACCGGGACCAGGACCAGGACCAGGACCAGCUGAGACCAUGGAGCUCCGUGGCGUGCUGCUGCUCACUGUCCUGCAGCUGUGCUCGGUGGCUCGUGGCGGCUGCGAGCCUCGGGUGGUGAACAUCGGCGCUGUGCUGAGUCAGAAGCGCUAUGAGCAGGUGUUCAAGGAGGCGGUGACGCAGGCCAACAACCUGUACGGGAAAGACAAGUUCAAGAUGAACGCCAUCUCGGUCACACACAAACCCAACGCCAUCCAGAUGGCUCUGUCGGUCUGCGAGGACCUCAUCUCCAACCAGGUGUAUGCGAUCCUGGUCAGUCACCCUCCUCAGUCUAACGACCACCUGACUCCGACACCUGUCUCCUACACCGCCGGCUUCUACAGAAUCCCUGUGGUCGGUCUGACGACGCGCAUGUCCAUCUACUCUGACAAGAGCAUCCACCUGUCGUUCCUGAGGACGGUGCCUCCGUACUCACACCAGGCUCACGUCUGGUUCGACUUGAUGAGAGAGUUCAGGUGGAACCACAUCAUCCUGAUCGUCAGCGACGACCACGAAGGACGAGCCGCCCAGAAGAGACUGGAGACGCUGCUGGAGGAGAGAGAGACCAAGACUAAAAACAGGAACUAUGAAAACCUCGACCAACAGAACUUUGACUUCAGGAGAACACCUAAGGCGGAGAAAGUGCUGCUGUUCAGCCCGGACACCAACCUGACGUCGCUGCUGCUGGAGGCCAAAGACCUGGAGGCCCGGGUCAUCAUCCUGUCUGCCAGUGAGGAUGAAGCUGCUGCCGUGUACAGAGCUGCUCGUCAGCUCAACAUGACCGGGUCCGGUUACGUCUGGCUGGUGGGAGAGAGAGAGAUGACGGGCAAAGCUCUGAGUGAAGCUCCAGACGGUCUGCUGGGGCUCCAGCUGAUCAAUGGCAAGAACGAGUCGGCGCACAUCGCGGACGCCGUCGGGGUCGUGGCUCAGUCACUGCAGGAGCUGUUUGAGAAGGAGAACAUCACGGAGCCACCGCGGGGCUGCGUGGGAAACACCAACAUCUGGAGGACUGGACCGCUCUUCAAACGGGUGCUGAUGUCAUCCAAGUACCCUGACGGUCUGACUGGACGGAUUGAGUUCAACGAUGAUGGCGACCGACGUUUCGCCACCUACAGCAUCCUGAACUACCAACAGAAGCCAGGUCGCCUUAUCCAGGUCGGAGUCUUCAAUGGAUCACAGGUUGUGAUGAACCCUCAGAGGAAGAUCAUCUGGCCCGGAGGAGAGACAGAGAAACCAGUUGGAUACCAGAUGUCGACGAGACUGAAGAUUGUGACGAUCCAUCAGGAGCCGUUUGUCUAUGUGAAGCCAACAAAGACUGACGGGACGUGUAAAGAGGAAUACACCGUCAACGGAGUCCUGAUCAAGAAGGUGAUCUGUACUGGACCCAACGGGACCAUCCCAGGUCAGCCCACUGUCCCUCAGUGUUGCUAUGGUUUCUGUAUCGACCUGCUCAUCAAGCUGGCGAUGAGCAUGAACUUUACCUACGAGGUUCACCUGGUGGCUGAUGGGAAAUUUGGAACACAGGAGCGAGUGAACAACAGCAACAAGAAGGAGUGGAAUGGGAUGAUGGGGGAGCUGCUGGGAGGUCUGGCCGACAUGAUCGUCGCUCCCCUCACCAUCAACAACGAGCGUGCUCAGUACAUCGAGUUCUCCAAACCCUUCAAAUACCAGGGGCUCACCAUUCUCGUCAAGAAGGAAAUCCCUCGCAGCACUCUGGAUUCAUUCAUGCAGCCGUUCCAGAGCACACUGUGGCUGUUAGUCGGUCUGUCGGUCCACGUGGUGGCAGUGAUGCUUUACCUAUUAGACCGGUUCAGCCCGUUUGGAAGGUUUAAAGUGAACAGUGAAGAAGAAGAAGAAGACGCCCUCACCCUGUCCUCUGCCAUGUGGUUCUCAUGGGGAGUACUGCUGAACUCUGGGAUAGGAGAAGGAGCUCCCAGGAGUUUCUCAGCGAGGAUUCUGGGUAUGGUGUGGGCAGGUUUUGCUAUGAUCAUCGUAGCUUCGUAUACUGCCAACCUGGCAGCCUUCCUUGUGUUGGACCGGCCUGAGGAGCGCAUCACUGGCAUCAACGACCCCAGGCUGCGUAACCCAUCAGAUAAGUUCAUCUACGCCACAGUGAAGCAGAGCUCGGUGGAUAUCUAUUUCAGACGGCAGGUGGAGCUGAGCACCAUGUACCGGCACAUGGAGAAACACAACUACGAGAGCGCUGCUGAGGCCAUCCAGGCCGUCAGAGACAAUAAGCUUCAUGCCUUCAUCUGGGACAGCGCUGUGUUGGAGUUCGAGGCGUCGCAGAAGUGCGAUCUGGUGACGACAGGAGAGCUUUUCUUCCGCUCCGGAUUUGGGAUUGGAAUGAGGAAAGACAGUCCGUGGAAACAGAACGUCUCUCUGGCCAUUCUCAGCUCUCAUGAGAACGGCUUCAUGGAGGAUCUGGACAAGACGUGGGUUCGAUACCAGGAGUGUGACUCGAGGAGCAACGCCCCCGCUACCCUCACCUUUGAGAACAUGGCAGGUGUGUUCAUGCUGGUUGCCGGUGGCAUUGUUGCCGGGAUCUUCCUCAUCUUCAUCGAGAUCGCCUACAAACGACACAAAGACGCUCGAAGGAAACAGAUGCAGCUCGCCUUCGCUGCCGUGAACGUCUGGAGGAAGAACCUGCAGGGAUUCAUCCACCAACCUCCUGUUCACUCCGUCUGCUGCACACAACAUGUCAGAGGCAAAGAGCUGCUCUGAAGACACAGUCACUGUUCACAUGUUCAUGUGUUCACGUGGUUGUCAGUUAGUUCACUGAUUCUUCAGGAAACAUUAAUAUACAGAAACUUGUUUUAUUAAAAGCACUUAUAUCAGCGCCAGUUUCUGUGUUUGACCCGAUUGUAGACGGACUUUCACAUGUCAACAACCUUUAAAAGUUCUGUAAAAGAUGGAUGAAUAAACAGACAGAUAUAAACAAAUGUAACACAUAAUAAUAAACACAUGAAUACAACUGCAGACAGGAGCCUGAUGGAGGUAUUUGAGAAGUCAUUCAGUCAGUGUCAGUCAGUGUUUAAUAAAUGUCAGCUGUGCAGCUCUUCAUAUAUAAUGUAUUAAUAUAAUGUCAGUGUACAUAAACAUGGUCUGUACGUGUGAGUGACACGUCUGUGAUCUCAGCUGAGCAGCACGCUCUCUACGUGAGUGCUCAAAAGUCUUUAUAUUUUUGUUGAGUGUAUAAAAUCAAUGGGAUUGUUAGGCAUGGAAAAGGAAGUAAAGCAUUGAGGGUAACGAGCUGACUCUCACACAUCUGGAGGUACAGACUCAGUAUCUGAAGUCGGGCUUCACCUGCGGGAUGUUACUGAAACAGACUGAAAACGUUGCCAUGGAGACAUGUCCCACAGUCCACAGGACGGACGCAGUGAGAUAGCAGGUGACCCCCAGUCUCCUUCACAAUAAGAGCGUGUCAUUAGAGUGGCUGCUGCAGCCUCAGAGCUCAUAAACAAUCCAAUCAAACUUUAUGGUUCUCUGCGGACGAACACAUAACAUCACUGCAGUCAGAACUGAACCAAAGUGAACAAGACGGACACGUUAAAGACAUAAAGGCAAACACUCUGACAACAUGUAGUUAUUAAAGAUGAAGAAACCUAAAUAAAAAUAAAAACUCAGUUCAUUCAAAGUCUGUUCUCGAAGUUUCCUGUUGAAUUUAAUGAGCAGAGCUCAUGACCUCACACAGCAGACUGACCAAUUAAAACACAGACAGCUCUUUGUGAAGGAGACUCUCACAGAGAGACAGGAGGUUUGAGUCCUGAUGUGAUGGCCACAUGUGACACAUGACUGGAUGACAUCAUGUGACAUGUCAACAGAUGAGUCAUGACAUCACAGAUGGAGCACCAGAACAAAACAUGGCGCUGCCCGGUGACAGACACAUCAACAGCUGACAGUUAUACUGAUUCAUCUGCUGAUUAUUUCCCUCAAAUAGAACAAAAUGUGAAAUGAAGGACAACUGAAAUAUGUCAUCAAUACUGAUAUUAUCAUUUUUAUUAUUAUUAAUAUAACUGAGGUCCAUCAAACAGCCGCAGGGAUUCAGAACCACCUCUCAGCAGGGACGUGAUGCUGUGGUGACAUCACAGUGUUUCUGUAGCUAACAGGAGGAAUGUGCUGAUUAGAAUAAGAGAUAUUAUUAUAUAUUGUAUAACUGCAGGAUCAGAGAGCAGAAACAGACACCUGAUCGGUUUAAUAACGUCCACAGUGACUCUCAUCGCAUCAAACAUGAUCUGCAGAAGAAGAAAGCUGAUCUGAGUCCGUCACUCACACUCUCUGUUCCAGAUGUUGUGCAGCAGCUUCACUCAAACACAUUAAUAAUCAUCACUUCACUGCAGGAUUAGCACUUCAAACACUAGCCGUUAAAGGCUAACAGCAAGCGGAGGAUGAUUAGCACUUCAAACAGCUGAGAGAGGAAAGCAGCAGAAGAUUUAAACUGUAUUUAGAGCGAGUCACAGACACAUGACGGGGUGGAACCUUCAGCCUCUAGGAGCCCUGCAAGAGGAAGUGUUGUAUACAGGAUUACAUCCAGUAACAGAUUACAGUAAAGAGUAUAGAAAUAAUUCAUCAGGCUUUUAUUUUUCAUUGUAUUGCUGGUAGAAUCCUGCAGCCCAAAAAGGAUUUUCAUCACAGAACUGCAGAUGAGCUUGAUCACAACUCUGUUAUGAUUUUUUUAUCCCUGGAGGUUUAAUAUUUGAAAAGUGUCCUCAAGCUGAGAAAAGUGAUUUAAGAAUCUGUGAUCACGAUGUAAAGGCCAAGGGGGGAAACUCUACUGUGCAUAUUCAACAGAGAGCUGAAGCUCCGCCCCUUCCUGUUUCCCUCAUUUGACCUUAUUUGAGACUUUAUUGACUUAAAAUUGAUCUUUUAAACUGACAAACAUCGUGUGUGAUUCAUGACACAAUUCAAACAUGAUCAAUACUGUAUCUGUCCCUAUUCAGUCACUACAGACAAAGCUUUGAUCAAUGAGGUCCAUGAGGGGAACAGGAAGGGGCGGGGCUUCAGCUUUCUAUGGGCUGCACAACCAGGAAGUAAACAUGGAAGCUAGAAAACUUCUCUGGCGUAUGUGCCAGGCGAGCGAUUCUCAUUGGAUCUGGUAUCUUUUAUUAAUCUGUGGUUUAAACACCGACAGCUCUGAUGUUCAUCAGUUUAUUAGCUUUACAAUGUUCACAUCAAAUAUCUACCAGUUUGCUCUCAACCAUUAGCAUCAGACUUGUUAGCAUGUUUUAUUUUCUCCAUGUUUUUUGUUAGCUUUAGCUUCAGUUUGUUCUUUAGGUGUAGGUCUAACAGCUAACAGCUAACUGAAUGGUCAGAGGACAGUGUUCAUGGUGUUAUUGAUAUCUUACUGACUGAUACUCAGAUCAAAGUCUUCCACUGUCUGUUGAUGAAACGAUGUAGUCUUAAUCAUGAUCGAUGUGUUUUAUUGAUUUUGUUUUCCAUUUCAAACUGAAUGUGUCGACGGUUUUCACGGAUCCAAACGGGGGCUUUGUCAGAAAUGUACCUUAAAAACAUGUUUUUCUGUUGUUUUCAUACAAACUAUUCUUACUGUAAGUGUAUUGUUCUUCUCAUCAUCAAAUCUCAUGAGAGUCAAACCAGCAAAUGUAAUACAUUCAGGCUGACGUAGUGCGUCACAUCAUGGCAGCUCUCGUGUCAUUAAGUUCACUCUUCAUCUGCCACCUGAAGUCUUCCUCUACACGAGGUGUCAUCAGUUGGUCUUCCUCUGACCUACAGGUGUACCUGCAGCGACUGCAUGUUCAGCAGCUUGAAACACUGACAUGUUGGUCAAAUCAGUUCAUUUCAGUGAGAUCACUGCAGUCAGGACCAGAUGCAGGUACAGGACCAGAUGCAGGUACAGGACCAGAUGCAGGUACAGGAUCAGAUGCAGGUACAGGAUCAGAUGCAGGUACAGGAUCAGAUGCAGGUACAGGACCAGAUGCAGGUACAGGAUCAGAUGCUGGUACAGGACCAGAUGCAGGUACAGGACCAGAUGCAGGUACAGGAUCAGAUGCAGGUACAGGAUCAGAUGCAGGUACAGGAUCAGAUGCUGGUACAGGACCAGAUGCAGGUACAGGAUCAGAUGCAGGUACAGGA